AUGAAGAGAGGCACGUAUCGUGACAGCGGUCCUAUAGGGUUAUCGCUUUUCGAUGAGUCGACUGUUAAUAGUAGUGAAGGCAAACCUAGCUGUGAACCUUCAACAGCUAAGGAGUAUAGUUUAAAAAAUAUAAAAAUUUACGAAAAGCAGUCUGAGGGCAGUAGUGAAACAUUAUCUGAUGCAACAUUUCAACAAACGCCUGGCUCAGUGACGGGUUGUCGCAGGGACGACGCGAACCGCGAUGCAGCCUAUCAUAAGUGA